AUGUCGAGGCUGAACACCGCCGCACUCUCCCAGCCCGUUUACACCAUGGUGCAGAUUAUCCUGGUGGACCUCCUGUGCGCAGCCGACAUCAACUUUGCCGCUGUCUUUGGCCACAGCUCUAGCGAGAUUGCUGCGGCGUCGUUUCCGCCCAGGAAGCUGCCCCCCGAGGAUGCCGAGGAACUGUGCGCGCUGCCGGACUUUAAGGGGCGGAUAUGCGUCGUAGCUUGCAACUCGCCAACCAGUGUCACUCUCUCGGGGGAUGCGGACGCUAUUGAGGAGGCUAAGGUGAUCUUUAAUAAUAAGCGCAAGUUUGCACGAGCGCUGCGGGUCGAUCUUUUAUACGGAUGUUGCCUAGUCCGGAACCAGAACGGCAUCGAAAGCUUCGCUGAAGCGCUUGGGCUAGUGUGGAAGAACACUCCUGAGGGCGUGGUUGCCUCCGAGCAUUUCCACAAAGCCGUCCACGCGCAGCAGUAG